GGACGGCGCGCGGGCGGCGGAGCAGGGAGUGAGGCCGGGCGGACGGGCAAACGGGCAGCGGCCCCGGCUCGCGGCUGCGCCCCUCUCUGACCCGCGACCCCGCGCCCAACCAUGGUGGGUCGGCUGAGCCUACAAGAUGUGCCAGAGCUCGUGGACACCAAGAAGAAAGGCGACGGCGUCCUCGACAGCCCGGACUCCGGGCUGCCCCCCAGCCCCAGUCCCAGCCACUGGGGGCUCGCGGCGUCCGGGGGCGGCGGCGGAGAGCGCACGUCGGUCCCAGGGGCGUUGGAGCCCGACCCAGCGACGACCCCCGCGGCCCCGAAUCCGGCAUCUGUCCCCAGCACCCCGGCCACCGGCUGCUCACCGAGGCUCUGCCCACUGUCCUUCGGCGAAGGAGUGGAGUUUGAUCCCUUACCACCAAAGGAAGUAAGGUACACGUCCUCGGUCAAGUAUGACUCAGAGAGGCACUUCAUCGAUGACGUGCAGCUGCCCCUGGGCCUGGCCGUGGCCUCCUGCAGCCAGACGGUCACUUGCGUCCCCAACUGCACAUGGCGCAACUACAAGGCUGAGGUGCGCUUCGAGCCCCGCCACAAACCCACCCGCUUCCUCAGCACCACCAUCGUCUACCCCAAAUACCCCAAGACCGUCUAUACCACCACCCUGGAUUACAACUGCCACAAGAAGCUGAGACGCUUUCUGUCCAGCGUGGAGCUCGAGGCUGCGGAGUUCCUGGGCAGCGACUGCCUCUCGGAUGAAUGCUGACUCGGAUGAACGCAGGCCACGUGGACCACCCGGUUGGGGGUGGGUGGGCCUCGCCACCCUGGCGGGAAUCUGACCCUGAGAUUCAAGCACAGCCUGAGUAAGAGGAAGAAAAAAAACGCUGCCUGUCCCGAGGACCGAGGCGCGCAGUUUGUGGUCCUGAGUUUUCUGACUUUUUUUAAGAAAAGAAAUGUCUUUCCUGGAUUGCUGCAGUCAUUUCCCACGGUCAUAAUCUGAUAAGAAAAAUAAAAAGGUAACUGGAGCCAAAGGACAAUGGCAGUGUUUGAGGCAGGAGGGGGAAGGAGCGUCCUUCCUUGACUGUGCUGAGGAGGAGCGCGUGGAAGAGUCCCCGGGCUGGGAAGAGUGUGUCUGCGGGGUGCCAACUCAGUGCAGCGGGACACCAUGCGGUUCAUCUAUGCGGAUCUUGUUUUCAUUCCAUUCCCAUCUGUAUCUCCUAUGAAUGAAAACUUUCAGAUUUCUCAACAAUCCUUCUCAUGGUAAUCCAACAACAACAGACAGCACAGAACCACAAUGUAAGAAGCCUUAAAAAACAACAGCAGCAAAGGUCGGGUCUGCCCUGGGCCCCGGGGCCCCCACUAGGGGCAGCGGCUUCUGUCCGGGCUCCUGUCCUCAGGAGGGUGCUGAGCACAGGCUCUGGCCACGAGGGAGCACGGCAGGCUCAGGUCCGCCUCCAGAGAGGUAUUUCGGAAGUUACCAAAUGCUUGGCCCUUUUUUCCUUCACACAGUGUAGUGGAGGGCUCUUUGGAGUGAAGACAGCAUUGUAGAAGAAAGAAGGCUUUGGAAAAACUCUUUGCUGGGACCUCAUGAGGGGAACCGGGACCAAGCCCAAGCCUCACUUGUGUUCUGGGUCAGCUGGCUUCUUUAGACUUUGGUAGCAUCAAGAUUGCGGAGGAGUUCCUCUGGUGCCUUAGGUCUAGUUCAAAUGUAGGGCGUGUCCCCUGCAUCCCCCUGAAUCCCCUGUCCCUGGCUCAGCUGAGGUGAAAUCAGGAUGUGGUGAGCCCCCAAACUCUCACUCCGGGUAGCUGGAGGGGCUGUGUGCAUUUCUUUGUAGCGCUGUAUAGGGAAAGUGAUGGUGGUGGAGUGGGGUGUGACCCAAGCAUGCUCCCAAACUGGGAAUUCAGCCCAGCAGGUUGCAGAGGCAGGGAUGGCCCUAGGGCCCGGGAAGGUGCUAGCCAGAGAGCCCUUCUCUGCACCUCCCAGCUGUACCCCUUACCCUCUCCUGUGAUGUUCAUGUAUGGCAGGUCGCAGGUGACUUCCUGUUGAGAACAGACUGCCUGCAUGUCCUUUGGCUGCCUCUGAAUCAAGGGGAAGGCUGAGGGUGACCUUUGCUGUGGCUGCCUCCCACCUGCCCUGAAAGCAGAAGGAGGAGGGGAUCAGCUCUCCUGUCCACUGUCCCUCCUUCCCAGCGGGGACUUGGGUGGGCAGGACAGCAGGUGCAAUGAUCAUCGCCUCAUUUAGAAGUCAUUGGCGGCUUGGAGAGAGCCAAGCCCUGGGAUGCUCUGUGCACGGUGGCUGGCAAUGGUUCCCUCCACAAGAUGCGUCUCCUUCCCCCACCCGCCCCCGGACAGGUGCACCCCUGACAUAGAGCCCACCUGCAGUCGGCAUCCCUGUGGCAAGCGUGUCAGGGGGAGGAUCUGACAGGGGCACUGGCAACCCCAUGGGCUCCUUAGGGCCACACAUGCUUCUUGCAUAAGCAAGAACAGACCAGAUUGCCUAGCGUUUACGGAGAAGAAUGGAAUUUUGUAUCUGGUGUCAUGGUGUCUGCAGUCAAGUAGGGAGUGAGAUUUCUGGAUCCUAGGAGGAGAAUUUCCACAGCUUUGCUCUGCCCCCAUGGAGCACCCAGGGUGCCCACAGAACAGCCUUCUUGACAGAUACCUGGGGGCAAGGAGAGAGGAGAGGCUGGGCUUGGCCUUGACUUUGUGAGAUGCCUUUAGAAACUGGUGGGCAUUCCUCCUUGUUUUUCGGUCAUUGAAUGACAAUGUUAACUUCAGGCAAAGCAUUCCAGAUGUCGAGAAGAUGUGACGGGAGAAGCUGCAAGUGGCUGUGAAAGUGUCAGGCGCGUGGAGCGGCAGGUGUUUCUGGGUGAAGUCAUGUGCUAGGGGUCCGAGCGGGUCUUUCUCAUCCUUGAUUUUCCUCCAACCUUGCUUUGCCAUGAGCUACAGGGAAGGAAGUUGUGUGGAGGCCAUGGGAACCCCGUGUCAGUUGAGAGCCAAUUCCUAUUCGUGUGCAAGGUGGAAUUUUUUUUUUUUUUUUUGUAAGCACAUGAGAAACUAACAUUCCGAAAUGUAUCCAGGAGACAGGUUUAUGUGUGAAUUUAAAAGCUUUUUGUUUCGUCUCUUAACUUAUGGCUUGCAUGGAGUAGCAAUGAGUUGUGUUUCCCCACAGGAGUCUUCUUCCUUUCCCAUCACCGUCCUUCCCAGAGGAUGGCCUUUGAAUGAAUGCCUCGCCUUUCCUCGCCUGCUCUAACCUUGAGACAUCCUGAAUAGUAUUUGACAGAAAGUACGUUCUCAGUUUAUCUUUGACACCUGUCCAACUCCGUUUGGCUUUGUGACUUCUUCAUGUAACAAUAAAUUAUGUAUAUGUAUAAAAAA